UUGAUCAACUCCAAUUUGUCUCCUGAGCUGGUUCAGACAUCAAAAUCAGUUCGAUGUACUGAAUUACUGCUUCAAACAGGAACACGGGGAUUUGCUUUCGUCAAUGUUCGAUCCGAAGUCAUGCUGCUCUCGUGUCUUAUUAGUGUGGGAUUCUCGAUGUGAUGCGUGAAUUCUCACUCGAACCAAUCCCUUGAAAACCGCAUUGGAAAAAUCGAAUGUCCAAAGGGAUUAGAAGUGGAGAGAGCGUUCAACUCAACCAAUCGACCUUAAUUUUGUCAUCAUCAUUAAGUUAAUUAACAAAAGUCCCACAAUUAUUUUUUUUUUAUUGCCUCCGCGUGAUUGGAGCUGUUCAACCAACAAGCGCCUCCUAUACAUAUAUUCCAUAUAAUUCAUCACCAUCAAUCUUAUUAACCUCAGCUCUCUCUUAUAACAUCUAGACUGACUAUCUGAUCUUCUUGUUCUCCUUUUCUCUCUAUCCUUCAUGGGCAACUUUGCAUCGACCCACCAUCAACCUAGACCCACUUCAAUAGUCCUCCUAUACGACGGCUCGACCCGAGAGUUUGAGGACCCGCCGACGGUGGCCGAGCUAAUGCUGGAUCACCCGCGGCAUGUGGUGGUGGAGUUCCGCUCUGCUAUUGACGGGACCCGUCGGCCGACCGCGCUACCGGCCGACAAGACCCUCGAGGCCAAGAAACUCUACAUCAUGCUUCCCAUGACGAACAAGCUACAAAGGCACAACCACGGCAGCAGCAGUGGCGGUGGCAACAAGCUGCCCCCGUUAUCAGCCGAGGAGUCGCGCCGCUUCCUGUUGAUGGCUAACUCGGCCCUCCGGUCGCAUUCUUAUAACUCGAAGCCGAAGGCAGCAUUCAUGCCGGUCCUGGCGAGGGUGUGCGCCGAUGCUAAUGGCCACACAAGCGGAGAUCGGAGAUCGUCGUCGUCGUCGUCAUCGGGUAGAGCUGUUUCGUCGAAGGAGGAGAAGGAGGCACAUUCGGAGGAGAGGCACGUGGGGGAGUUCAGGGAGAUCAUGUUAGAGAGCAGCAAUGACAUGGUGAUGAUGAGCAGGCAGGUCUCAGGGAAGGCCUGGAGACCAAGCUUGGAGGCUAUCAUGGAGAAGAACUUGGAGGUGAAGAAGGCCCCUCUCCGCUUGUUUUGAAAUGAGAAAUGGUUGGAAAAGCAAUCACUUGUGUAGUAUGGGUAAAUAGCAUAUCGUGAACAAAUGAUAGACAAAGCGCAUGUUUCUGUUUUUGUAGUUUGAUUACCUUAAUAUGCCACCAUGUGUUAUCUUUUUUCUCCUAACAUUGAAGUGUCUCUAGAGCUUUUCGAGCACUCGACUCAUCCCCGGUGCUUGUAACGACAAUCGACAUCGUCAUGUAUUAAUCGGUAAUUACAAGAGCACGCAAGUCGUCCUAAGAGAAUGCUUGAGUCCGGUGAUUUGAACUAGAUAU